CAUCCACACAAACUCCCUCAGAGGCUACUCAUAUUCAAAAGCUAGUACAACCUACUGCUCCUCCACCGGAGCUCGCCAGGGUGCUGAGGAAGAAUGAGAGCGCUGCAUUUUGGCAUUUUCACGAUUCCUCCCACCAUCGUGUAAAGACCUCCAAGCGGCCAUGUACUAGGGCCCAGUCUCAUUGCGAGUCAACACUCGUGCAGUGCCAAUGCGCCAUCGUCGUACCGACAUCAGGAGACCCUCAUCAUGUUCCUUUGCCAUCCACCAGGGGAGUCGAGGACGGAUCUCAUAGUGCUCUUGUGGAUAAUAUGGGACCAGAUCAUGCUGCCCAUCAUCAACGUCCUCAAGCACGUCCUCAAACUAACAUGCCGCUCUCGAAUCCAGUUGUGUCCGACUGCAGCUUUCACGUCUAUUCCUCUCCAUGCAGCUCACCCGUUUCAAACAAAGGCAGAUCGUUUGAGGAAGGAGCUAUGCCUCGAAGAUCUCUUUAUUUAUUCUUACAUGCCGUCACUUUCACUUUCGGCUCUGAUCAGACCUAGACAGUUGAUGAAGAAGUGCGUGCCUCCGUUCUUUGUGGCGAUCGGACAGGGUCAACCGGGUGCAGGGAAAGGCAAGGCGCUCUUGGCCGUUGACAGCGAGCUAGGACCCAAAGCAGCCUUACAAUUCGCAUUUCAUCAUGAGAGACGAAUGUUCGCAGGCUUACGAUCCUCUCUGAAACGGUCACUCUGAUAGUUUGUAUGUAGCUUAUUUUGUACUUAGUACAGUAAUCCAUCUGCACAUCUGCGCCUCUUCACCUUCCC